GCCGUAAUGAAACUCUUGACUCGGCAGUGUGCAGGGGAAGGCUGCCGUAGCACGGCCGCGGUACGGCUGAUUCUCCUCUCGGGGGGGAGGCGGCCGCGGGCGGGAGGUGCCCCGAGCCCCCGCUCCUUGCCGAGAGCCUACUUCGCAGCGACUCUCCGACUCGUCUGAAUCAAAACCAACUCCAGACAGCGCUUGGGAGCUUCUGCAAACGGGGCGGGCCCAGCAGCCUCCCCACCUCCUUCUCUCCGCCGUUCGGCGACCUUCCUCCCCUUGCGGAUCUCCUCCUCCUGCCUCUCCCUUCGCGGCCGGCCACGCUGCGGCCGCGGGGAGGCCGGCAGCACUCAGCAGAGCCGGGAGCGGAGCGCACGUUGUGUUUCCCUUUGGGGCCCGGGUCGGCGGGGCUGUCCCGCCCCUGAGCCGGGGGUGCUCAGGACUCGGAGCCCACUCGAGGCGUAGCCCCGCCGCUCUGCCCGGAGCGUUGAGGAGGAGGAGGAGGAGUGGGGUGUCUCGGCCGUCCUUCCCCGCCCCGCGGGCUGACCCCGCGCGGGCAAGCAGGAGGCGGCGCGGCGGCGGGGACGUGCCCGGCGGGAUGCGCGUUUAGCGGCGGCCCCGGCAGAGCGCAGGCCCCGCCGGCUGCACCUGGCGCCGGGGGGAGCGGCGGCGGAGCCCCGCGUUCCUGCGUCCCGACACCCGCCAUGGAGAAACGAGGGGAGGGCGAGCCGCUCUCCCACCCCCUGGAGCCCGAGCCCGAGCCGCAGCCGGUGCCGCCGGGGGAGAAGCGCUUCAGGUUGUGGUACGUGGGUUCGUCGUGCCUGGACAGGCGGACCACGCUGCCCAUGCUGCCCUGGCUGGUGGCCGAGAUCCGCCGCCGCGGCCAGCGGCAGGAGGCCGGCGGCGCCCCGGGCAGCGGGGUGCCGGCCCGCGAGGUGCUGCUGCUGCUGGGCUCGCCCACGCUGCGCUGCGUGCCCGCCAGCCCCGGCCCCGGCCGCCCCGCCAGCCCCGCGCCCGCCGUCUUCAUCUUCGAGCACAAGGCGCAGCACAUCGUCCGCUUCAUCCACAACAGCCACGACCUCACCUACUUCGCCUACCUGAUCAAGGCGCAGCCCGACAACCCUGACUCCCCCAUGGCCUGCCACGUCUUCCGGGCCACCGACCCCAACCAGGUUCCUGAUGUCAUCAGCAGCAUAAGACAAGUCUCUAAAGCAGCGCUGAAAGAAGAUGCCAAACCAAGUAAGGAUAGUGAAGAUGCCUUCUACGACUCUCAAAAAUUUGAGGUCUUGUACUGUGGAAAGGUGACAGUGGCUCACAAGAAAGCUCCCUCCACACUAAUCGACGACUGCAUAGAGAAAUUCAGCCUUCAUGAGCGCCAGCGCCUGAAACUGUUAAACGAGCAGCGGAAUAAUGAGUCGAGUUUGGACUUGCCCCUGUGUGAAGAAAAUGUGCCAGCUUCUCCUCUGGACAGCCCGUUUGAGGAGCUGGACAGUCCAAACAGCACUUCAGGGCAUGCUGCAAUGUUUACAAUUGGCAGCCAGACCAACUUGACCAACCUGGCCAGCACUCGUGGCUUCUUUCCAGAGAGGAUUUUAGAAGACUCUGGCUUUGAUGAGCAGCAGGAGUUUCGCUCCCGGUGCAGCAGUGUCACUGCAGUGAUGCAGAGAAGGGUUCAUGACACAAACCUGAAGAUACAGUCCCGCAGAAGACAUGCAAGUGCACCCAGUCACGUUCAGCCCUCUGAUUCUGAGAAGAACAGGACAAUGUUGUUCCAGGUUGGAAGGUUUGAAGUCAACCUCAUCAGUCCAGAUACCAAAUCUGUUGUGUUUGAAAAGAAUUUUAAAGAUAUCUCCUCAUGUUCUCAGGGUAUAAAACAUGUUGAUCACUUUGGUUUUAUUUGCCGGGAAUCUGUGGAACCUGGGUUAAGCCAGUAUGUUUGCUAUGUGUUCCAGUGUGCAAGUGAGUCUCUGGUUGAUGAGGUAAUGCUGACCCUGAAGCAAGCCUUCAGCACUGCUGCAGCCCUGCAAAAUGCCAAGACGCAGAUUAAACUGUGUGAGGCCUGCCCUAUGCAUUCGUUGCACAAACUUUGUGAAAGAAUUGAAGGACUCUAUCCUCCAAGAGCCAAACUUGUAAUUCAGAGACAUCUGUCAUCGCUAACUGACAAUGAGCAGGCAGAUAUUUUUGAACGUGUUCAGAAAAUGAAGCCUGACAAUGAUCAGGAAGAAAAUGAACUUGUGAUCUUACACCUCCGUCAGCUCUGCGAGACUAAGCAGAAAACGCACAUCCACAUUGGUGAAGCACCAUCGGUCAUUUCUAACAGUGCAAUUCCAGAAGGCACCACCAGUGGUGGCCGGUUUAAACUUGACAUUCUGAAAAACAAGGCGAAGAAAUCCUUGACUAGCUCUCUGGAAAAUAUUUUCUCAAGGGGAGCCAACAGAAUGCGAGGCCGCCUGGGAAGUGUGGACAGCUUUGAGCGCUGCAGCAGCCUGGCUUCUGACAGAGACACUUCUCCGGGCGAUUCCCCGCCAGCUACUCCUCCAGCGUCCCCCGUGUCCUCGGCCUGGCAGACGUUUCCCGAGGAAGGCUCGGACUCCCCUCAGUUCAGGAGGCGCGCACACACCUUCAGCCACCCGCCCUCCAGUGCCAGACGGAGGAUCACCUUCCAGAACGGGCGCUCCCAGAGCGCCCGGUCCCCGCUGCUGCGGCAGAACUGCGUGGAGACGGCAAGUCCUGUGGUCGGGGUUCGGCGCGCUCUCAGUGAGAGUGAAUCUGCGUCACCUGGUCUCCCCUCCUCUCUCUCUGCCCCUUCUUUCCUGAAAACUUUUUACCAGGGCUCAGGAAGGUUGCUCCAGCACUCAGAAAGUGACCUCUCCAAGAGUGAUGGGGAGGGAAAGAAAAGAACAUCAACCUUCUGCAGCAGUGAGUCUCUAAAUGCUGUGGGGGCCACGCUCACACCUCGCCGCAUCUCCUGGCGGCGGAGAAUAUUCCUGCAGGUAGCUUCACCUAUGAAUAAAUCUCCUUCCAAGAUGCAGCAUCCAGAUGGUCAUGAUGGAAGUGAAUUGUUACCCUUAUCCCCUCUUGCUCCACCCCUGGAGGAGGACCCUCUUGUUCUAGUAUUGCAAAAUGAGGAUGGUCCAGAUAAAACUGGAGAGAGGAAAAACUCAGAAGAACUACAAAGUCUGUGGAGAAAAGCCAUCCAUCAACAAAUUCUGUUACUUCGAAUGGAAAAAGAAAACCAGAAGCUGGAAGCAAGCAGAGAUGAGCUCCAAUCAAGAAAAGUAAAACUGGACUAUGAUGAAAUUGGCACAUGUCAGAAAGAUGCCAUAAAUAUUUGGGAUAAGAAGUUACUAAACUGCAGAGCCAAAAUCCGAUGUGACAUGGAAGAUAUUCAUUCCACUUUAAAAGAAGGUGUACCAAAAAGUCGUCGGGGAGAAAUUUGGCAGUUUCUGGCUGUGCAACACCGGGUCAGGCACAGGCUGCCAAACAAGCAGCAGCCUCCUGACAUCUCUUACAAAGAACUUCUGAAACAACUGACUGCUCAGCAGCACGCCAUCCUCGUAGAUCUAGGACGGACAUUCCCUACACAUCCUUACUUUUCCACACACCUGGGAGCAGGACAGCUAUCACUGUUUAAUCUCUUGAAAGCGUACUCUUUGCUGGACAAAGAAGUGGGUUAUUGUCAAGGUAUAAGUUUUGUAGCUGGAGUGCUGCUUCUACAUAUGAGUGAAGAACAGGCCUUUGAAAUGCUAAAAUUCCUCAUGUAUGACCUUGGCUUCCGUAAACAGUACAGGCCAGACAUGAUGUCGCUACAGAUCCAGAUGUAUCAGCUCUCAAGGCUUCUACAUGAUUAUCACAGAGACCUGUAUAAUCAUCUCGAAGAGAAUGAAAUCAGUCCCAGUCUCUAUGCUGCACCGUGGUUUCUUACACUGUUCGCAUCUCAGUUUUCAUUAGGAUUUGUAGCCAGAGUGUUUGACAUUAUUUUCCUUCAAGGAACAGAAGUCAUAUUUAAAGUAGCACUGAGCCUACUUAGCAGUCAAGAGACAUCUAUAAUGGGAUGUGAGAGCUUUGAGAACAUUGUUGAUUUUCUUAAAACCACUAUUCCAGAUAUGACUAAACUUCAAAUGGAAAAAAUUAUUACUCAGGUGUUUGAAAUGGAUAUUUCAAAACAACUUCAUGCCUAUGAAGUAGAGUACCAUGUUCUUCAGGAUGAACUACAGGAAAAUGUGAGUCCCUGUGAUGAAGGUGAACCUCUGGAGAAGAUGGAGAGGGCAAACAAUCAUCUGAAAAGGCAAAACAUGGAUUUGUUGGAGAAGCUACAGGUUGCUCAUGCUAAAAUUCAGAGUCUGGAAGCCAGCCUGGAGACUGUUUUGACACGAGAGAACAAAAUGAAGGCUGUAAUUCAGUCCCUGGAACAGGAGAAGAUAACGUAUCAAAAGACUCUUGAGCAGAUAGUGAAGUAUUUGCCAGCAGAAGUGUUGUCUGACUGUGAACUGCUCCUGAAGGAAGUAAACUACAACCCAAAUAAUAAAAUAUGGAGUAAGCCAUAAACCAGGGUUUUCUAGGCAGCAUUUCUUCAAAAACAAAAAGGGAACGAAAAAAUGAGUAUGCUGCUUUCAAUAGCUACUUAGCAAUAGGCAUUGGUAUUACCGAAAAAUAGUGCUGGGACACUCAUAGCUACAGAUGAGCCUUCAAGUGUCAGUAUGCAAAUUCAGGCUAUUAAUUUUUUUAUGAUUAUGUAAAUAAAUCACAGGGGGGAAAUAAAGGAUUCUCACAUGUAAUUAUGAUGAGUAGAUGUAUAUUUAGAGUUGACCUAAAAGAAAGGAGAAAUUGGAGUAGGCAAAGAUAAUGGUGAUCCGCAAAUUCACUCUGGAUGUGCUUGUCUUGUAGUGAAAUGAGGAUAGUGUGUCUUUAUAUAUAUAUGUAUAUUGAAUAUGUUGAAUAAUACUUGAAGAAAAAAAAAAAAGGAGAAUGUAAUUUUCCCUCCAAAGAGCAGCAUGUUUCACAUCUUCUGUGGAAAAUCUGAGUGAACUCAUGCGUGCCUCUCUUUUAAUUCUACUGACUGUAUGAGCACAGACCAAUAAGCAGAAAAAGUGUCAUGACAUGGUUUGCACAGAAAGAGCUGUAGUGCCAUCCACUGCCUGGGCUGUACCAGUCAGCAGUGUAAUUCCACAUGCAUGUUGGAACUGGAAACAAAAAAGCAUCGCAUCAUAGCCCCGCCUCGGUAACGCAGAGCUGAGGAAUAGGUGUCUGCACGCACUCACAAAGCAGGAGCUAGCAGUGACUGCCACUUCCUUCCUGGCCUCUUUGCUUCCACCUGUCCUGGGGUUGAUGGUGACGAGAAGAGGAAGGAAGCUCAACAGUGGGAUGGGAUUUAUCCUGAUGUUAAUUUUCCACUUGCCUGUUAUAAGAGUUAGGUGUGUUAGGGGUUCUCAUUUAACCAAAGAAAUGCUGCAAGAAGCCUUGUCUAAUUGUAUUUGGAUGCAGAAAGCCGUUUUAAAUUUUGCUUGAGAAGAAAAUUGAGGUAGGUUGCAGGAAGUUAAGUGUGAGUGCACAAGAGAGGACCAAGCAAGUCCUAGAUACUCUGUACCUUUCAGUUUUCACAUAUACAGUGGCUAUACAUUUCAAAGGGGAUCUUGAAGUACAGGCACAGUUUUAAUAACACUUUCCAGGCUAUUCCUGUUUUAAUACUGCUUCGUGGUAUCUCUUAUUUUUAAAAUAAAAAGUCAUGAAUUUGUGUGUUCUGGACAGAAGGUGGGAUAAACUCUGAUCAUUUCAAGGGAUAAAUUAUGUUUAUAGAGGUAUAAAAAGUUGCAUAUAGAUUUGAAAGUGUUUUUGAGUGGAAUUUUUAAGAAGGCUUAGACAAAUGUGUAAUACAUGAGUAUUUUGGAGUGCAUGUCUGAACCCUUAAUUGCGUGUCACAGUGGCUCGUGUUAUCUCUUUCCAUUUAUACUGUAUUUCAGGAAACACCCUUUUUAGUAAGAAAACCAAUUAAGCAAAGUGCCAAAUACAGCAGUGUCUUUUCACAUAAGAUUGUCCAAUUUAGAAAGCAAGGACUGAAUAGCACUGCUUUCUAAAUAUUAUGCUUUAUGUUACCAUAAAAGUGAGGAACAACAACGCUUAUUUGCUGCUCCCUGCUGUGGAGCUCAGGGGUUCGGCUCUCCUGGGUUUUUUGUUGUUGUUUUUUUAUUUCCGUGAUGUUUUAUUUGAUUAAAGAUACUGAUUUACUUAACAGCCUCUCUUUUUACCUUUGGGAUGAAAGGUCUUAACACUGUGUAUAAAGUUAUGUGGAAUCUGUCUAGAUAUUUCAAGAAUGUUGUAUUGUACUAGAUGGGGAAAUGGCAAGUGAAAAAGCAGUUCUUUGCAAUUUUGUUCAGAGUGAGUUUUAGCUGAUGUGUACAUAAAAAACUAAUCCCAGGAACUGCAGCAGCCUCUAUUACAAAGAACCAAGAUUAUUCAGAUACAUCUUUUUUUUUUAAAGAUGCACUGAAUGAGCUUUAUCCUCGGUUUCACUUCAAAAUUUUUUCAUGUAUUGCCUGGAGAAAUUCCAAUAAAUGUCUUUGCUGCAUUUCCCAUA